GGUCAUUCAGUCAUUAGAUUUAAAGCGGAUGAAAAUAAUGUUAAUCGCUUCCGGUGAACUGACUCAUCGCUUGGAACUAUCCUAACGUUCGGCAAGUUUAUUCUCACUUGUGGUGGCCGAUCUGGAACACGAAAUCUGAUCUUGAACCCGUGAAGCGCAGCCGACGCCGGUAAAUGUUUACUACCGACGGGGGUUGCGACCAAACACAUUAAAUCCGAUGGUAAAAAUGGUAGAACAAAUGGUAGGGUCAGGGAAAUGGCGGUUGUUUGUUUCGACAGUUCUUAAAUUUCCGCACUCGGUUGGGGAGAUUGCAUUGAUAACCGCCGUACAAAGUGGGAAGGCGUUGCGAAAACGGAAAGUUCAACCGUGUUUUCGCCCGGGGGCGGGUGUAAAAUUUAUGAUAUUGCGAACUAUUUUUAUAGCAUUAGAUUGUGCGUUACACGCUAAUGUAAUGAGAGAUAGAUAGCAGUAGUUCUUAGUAGUUACUACUUAUUAGACAUUUUUAAAUUCGAUAACAUUUCGGUAACUUUCUUACGAUUUGUUAUAGCAAAAAGGAUUAUUUUCUUAUCCUACCUUACAAUAUUGAGAUGAUUUUUUUCUUUUUCGACAAUUUUAAGCAAUGAUGAAAAAAGAAUUGCACCAUCAUCACCAUUCGGUACAACCCAACCUUCUCUAAUACAUUUCCUAUUGACCUAUAAAUAGUUCUUGUUUGCUUUCAUCUGUUUCCACCGGACACAGCCGAACACCGAGGACGGGUGAUCGUGUUGGAAGCGGUUGGAAGGUUCGCAGGAAUUAUUUUAUCUUGUAACCCCGCAAAAAAAACAUAUCCUCUUUCCUAAAGUAAACUGUGUUCCAGUGUGGAUAACGAUGCAUUGGAACAGCGUUUGGUCUCAUCUCCUUUGGUGGUCAGUACUGUUUUGUGUGCCGAACGGUAUGGUCACUCUGGUGAAACCAGUCCACUAUUCGAGCGUGACGAUAUUAGUGAAUGCAAAAGUGUGGUUAGUGUGUACAAACAAACAAUUUUUUUAAUGGUGAAUCACUCGAUUGUGGUGAUUAGUGACCGAACAAAAAUCUUUCGAUCAAAUUGUGGCUUUGUGGUAAACUUAGAAAGAUAUUAAGUGUAUUUAAAUGAGAAACUUUUACUAAGAUAUGAGAAAUUUUGUUAUGAAUUUCUCAUCUCGUAAACAGAACUUCAAGUAGGAAAUAGUUUUAAAAAAAAUGUAAAGUAGCUAAAGUGUGUUGAAUCUAUAUUUCCAAACACAUCAAACCGUAUGGGUACUGACGGGGUUUUUUUUGCACCUUUCGGACAUGCAGGCACCUGGUAUCGAUUGUAGAAUUUUCUUCUCACCUGCAAUUAAUUUCGCAUUCGAAGCACCAAUAUUUUCCCGACGCUGAUCGCAGCCAAUGCAAGAUCGAGGAUCUUAUCCUCCCCCUUCCAUUCCAUCGACAGUAAAUCUGAAUUUCGAUCGUUUCAAUCCGGUGCUUUUUUUGUUGGCAAAAGAAAAAAAAUAACACAGACACACACUCUUGCCCCGUUUCGGGGUCUGUUUGAAACAGAGUGCCGAUGUUGUUUGCUUUUACCUUCGUUGAUAUAUUGUGUGGCGAACGACAUAAUAUUUCAAGCACCGCGUUUUUCUGCUCAUGAACGAUCACACUACCAAGCUCCAGCUUGUUUGUAGCAGAUGGCCGCACCGUGCGAGACGACGAUUAACUUUAUGAUCAUGUGUUUUUUUUUUGGUGGAAUUAUACAGAUGUUUAGGUUAACUUUUAAUGCAUAAAAUUGGAAAUGGGCCAUUUAGUCUGUACACAAUUGCAAGGGAAGUUACAGAAAUGUGAAUUGUAUAUCUUUUUUUGUUGCUGAAGUUUAUUGAAUUACAUUUAAUUUCAUUAUAAGAACACACAAGACUGCCGAAUCCCAUGCGUAGUAAGAACUGUUACUUAUCCGGCUCCAUGCGAAAAAUAAGUCUAGAAAGAUCUGUUCAUAAAGAGUCAUGCCUUACCAUGUGUUCUUUUCAGACAAGAUCUCCCGAUCGCUCACGAUCAAGACAGAGUUUCUUUCUGCAUCUUUCAAUAUAACUUCUUCUUGGCUUAACGACCUUACAGGUCACGCCGGCCAUUUCUGGCUUACUAGACUUAUUUUACCACGUAGCCGGAUAGUCAGUCCUUGCUACGGGGGGACGGUCCGGAUGGGAUUUGAACCCGGUCCGGCCGUGUGGACUGGCGCCGUUUAUCACAUGCACCACCGGGCCGCCCACAAGCCUUUCAAUAUAACUGACGUUUAAAUAGUGGACAAUCGCUUUAGCUGCUAGUAGAGAACCUUCCAUGUGUUUCAUCGGUAAAUUAUAAAACUAAAUCAUCAUGAAAACUGGAUUUCAAUUCAUCCCGGAAAACCGACCUCUCGCCUAUAUCCCUGCAUCGAGAUUCUUUUGGGAGACUCCCACCGCUCCCAACACAUCACUCUACGAUUACCCGCUCGAGCUGUGGAGCACCAUACCGGAAUCGGAACUCAUCACGAAGCUGUGCGUCUUUAUACCGAUCAUCGUGUUCGGUCUGCUGGGUAAUGGCAUACUGCUGGAGGUUAUAUUUUCCAACCGCACCUUACGCACGCCAAGCCAUCUGCUGAUAGCAAAUCUGGUAGUGACCGACUUUCUCACCCUGCUCGUGUGUCCCAUCUUCUUCAUGACACACGACUUCUUCCAGAACUAUCUGCUCGGACCGGUUGGAUGUAAAGUCGAGGGACUUAUCGAAGGAGGCCUGCUGGUUACAUCCGUGCUGGGUAUGUGCGUCAUCAGUUACGAUCGCCUGUCAGCAGUCGUACUAUCUUCCGGCACACGGUUAAAAGGACGCGGAACCGUAGCAGCGAUCGUGUUUUGUUGGAUCAUGGGUUUUAGCAUCGCCAUGCCACUGUCACUGUAUCGGCACUUUAAGAUUCGCCACUGGAAGGAUCUGGUGGAGAUGUACUGCUACGAAGAUCGCUCCAUCCUCGCAACGUACUGGGAGUUUCUGCUGGUCAUGCUCGUAUGGGUCCCGCUCGGUGUAAUGUUGGUAGCGUACACGCUGAUCAUUGUUAAGCUGGAUCGCUACGAACGAAAUGCCCUGCGAAGGCAACAUCCGAUGGUGGUCCGGUAUAAAAGUCGGGUAGCAAAAACGCUCUACAUUGUACUGCUGGCAUUCAUUGUCGUUCGUGUUCCCUUCACCAUUAUGGUGUUUGUGUACUACAACAUCGAACCGUUUGAACAUUUUCAGUUUAACGAAAGUUUCAUUUUCGUUUGGUGGUUGGCAAAGGUUGCCUUUAUCUUCCUGAACGCCGCAGUCAACCCACUCAUCUACGGUCUCACCAAUAAAACCUUCAAAAAGGCACUGCGAGGAUCGAAAAUUUUGCAAUGUUUGUGUCGAUUGUCUCCGGAAAAGGAAUCUACACAAGUUCCCGCAAAUAUCAAAGCCAGAAGUUGUUGCUGUUUCACGAACACAAACAUGGAAGACAUGGAACAAUCCUCACGAGAAGAUAAAAUACUCCAUCGAUCGCUAUUUUCUCGUGUCAGGAUCUAAAAGGCUCGAUAAGUGCUGCUGAAAUUUCGAAACAAUUAGAUCUAACCUCAAUUAAGAAUCGCUAAUGGCUUUUCAGCUCCAAUUUGAUGAAUUGCAACUAUUUAUGACUGUUAAUAAUUAUUUUAGUCCCUAUUUUGGAAAGCAUUUGUUAAAAAUUCCGUUAAGAAAUAUUUAAAUAUCUCAACACUUCAAUCCUGCUAUAUGUAAACAACCUCAUUUGCCGCUCGUAGUUUGACACAUGUCAAAGUGAAGGGACGCCACACGAUUUAGGCGCGAAUAGCUUUCUUUUCUCUUCCAGACGGCAACGGAGCAGGACGUGCGAGUUAGUGGCAGUAUAGCAGCAGUGAAUUAAAAUAAAGGUAAAAAGUAACUUCCUUCUGUAGCUAUUGAAAAGCGGAACAAACGCCGGUCACAAUUCCUGCAAUGUUCGUGUAUGGGAGGAAGUGAGCAGUGAAGCUGUAGGUUUUGUCCAUGGGUAGCGUCGAUUCCAUAGUUAAGCAGCGAGGGUAAAGUUAUCCUUUGCUAACUCGUGUGUGUCUGCUUCAAUUUUUUUUGAGACUGCGACACAAAAGCGACCUACAAGCAGUGGUAGAUGGAUAAAUCAGCAUAAAGAAAAAGGAAGCCAUCAAAUGUCUAGAACAAUCCGUCGGCGCGUGUUCGAAUUGAUCACAUACAGCUUAGUAUGCUGCUCGCUGUUGUUGGGGUAAACGCACUAAAACAAUGAGCCAAAGGGUGUGAGAUAAACGAAGUAAUAAGCAUAGGAAGAGAAGAGGAAAGUGUACUGAUAUUUGGUAAUGAUUUCCUGACUGACGCACUUUGAUGAGACGCGUUUCUGUGCCAGGUGAAAACGAAUACGACUGUGGUAUACUAGGUAGCUUAAAAACAGGGAAAACAUAACAUACACGAGGUAAACUAGCAACCACCAUGAGGUUAUGCAUAUUCUGUGCUAACUGCAAACAGAAAACAAACGGCACACAGUGACAGAGCGAAAAACUAUUAAUUAACACCUAAUAUAGGAGAUGAAAACUUGUAUAAAAAUAGCCAAGACAUCGUGGAAAAAGAUAGCAAACACAUCCCGCAACGGCAGGAAAUUUUUAUUCUGUACAUUACGCGAAAAAUUAUAUCUGGUGGAGUGUUUU